AGUACAGUACAGCAUUCUUGUAACAACAUUCUGCCAGGAAGCCCCAAGAAUGCUUGUAAUUAGCUUGUAAUCGUGCAUCCAAUCUAGCCUCAAGAAGCUUGAUUGUUUACUAUCGAAUACCAACCAGCUUAGAACAAAAGUCCAAGCUCUCAUCUAUACAUAUAGCAGCCAGUUAGUUAUGGAUACAGCACCGCAGUACAGAGGCCAGAGCUCAAGCUUCAGGAGCAAUGGACGUCGCCACCCACACGCCUCUCCCAUGCAUCUUACUCCAGUGACUGAUCGCAACAGAUACAACCAGUACAGCUCCGACCCCACGCUCAUAGACGGUCCAGCCACUGACGAUGAAGGAAGCACACGCUCUGGAGGCCGUAGGAGCGCUCAAGACCACUACAUACACACACAAGAGGAGCAGCAGAACAAGCAAGAUAAGCAAACAAAGAAAAAGAAAAUGAAAGGUCUGAAAAGCUUCAUGCAUGUUUUCCUGGGUGGACUGAAGAAGACUUCGACAUACACACCUUCCCAUGACCCCCCUGACCACCUGCGAUCCUCCAGUGAUAUAAUCCAAUCCACCCGAUACCAGCAGCGAAACGAACGAGAUGGGCUAGUGACAUCCGUUUCCAUGCGAACUACUGCCGACCAACGAGCUUUCUCUCCCGAGCAUCCGCCGGGUCUGUGCGGACUCUUCAAUCACGGCAACACUUGCUUUAUGAACGCCGUACUGCAGUGUCUCAGCAACACGGACCGACUAGCCGAAUACUUUGUAACAGAUCUGUACAAGAAUGACUUGAACCGUCAGAAAUCAGCGAUGAAAAAGUUUGGUACCAAUGGUGUUGUGACCGAACAGUUUGCUGUCCUGCUCAAGUGUCUGUGGAACGGCCAAUACGACCCCAAGCUAACAGCUGAGUUCAAGGACGUCGUGGGUAAAUAUAAUAGCCAGUACCAGGGUUCCUCACAACACGAUGCUCAGGAGUUCUUUCUGUGGCUGCUGGACAAUGUGCACGAAGACCUGAAUCAAGCUGGCAAGAAGAAGUACAAGCAUAUUAAGGACAGUACUGGUCGCCCUGACGAGGAGGUGGCAGCAGAAACCAUGAGGAGUCAUGCCGUGCGCAACAACUCAUUCAUCCAGAACCAGUUCCAGGGACAAUUUCGAUCAGUCGUCAUCUGUCCUUCGUGUGGAACCCGCUCAGCAACCUUUGACCCCUACGUGUGUGUCUCCCUCCCCCUCCCCCAGCGACACAGUCGACCAGUGUACGUGUCAGUCGUGUAUCGGAGCUCCGCCCGUGUCACGAGGGUGUACGGGGUCAAUAUAUCCAUAGACUCUACUGUGAGGGAUCUCAGGAACAGUCUAGCAGAGCUCUGUGGGAUCAACAGGUACCACCUUGUACUGUGCGAUCUCAACGCAGGUGGAUUUAACCGCACUUUCUAUGAUGACCAGCACAUCUCGGUGGUCAAUUCCUCCGACCUCCUGUUUGGGUUUGAGUGUCCACCGUAUCGCGGAGACAACCCUGAGGCUAUGUCCCACAACAACCCCUCAGGCUCCAAAGAGCUCAUGCUAGUGCUAGUCGUCAAUAAAUUCGGGCAAACCAACUACGGAAAAAGGUUUGGUUCUCCCCUGAUCCUCCGUGUGUGGAGAGACCUCACUCACCAGCAGUUCCAGUCAGUGGUACUCAAAGCAAUGUCGACCAAUCUGAGGGAAGGAGUGCGAUUACCAGAGGUCUGUCGUAGUGGAGUACUCUUCCAGUGCCGUAUCGUGGACGGGUUGCCAGGGCGAUCUAUUCUCCCCACCGAUGCUGACCAUCCCUUCUACUCCCAAUCAGUAGACAAAGCACUCCAUGUGAGUCUACUGUACGGAGGCCCCGCCCACAUCAAGAUAGUGGCGGAGUGGGAACCUGAGACCAAGGCAGGUGUGUUUGGGGUGGUCCCAGACCUUGUCCCCCAGCCCCAUGAGAGUGUGGCCAGCCUGAGGGACAUGUACCAGGCCCCACUGGAGACCUCACUCAGAGACUGCCUCAAGAUCUACACCAGAGAGGAGACUUUGAACAGAGAGGACUCGUGGUAUUGCCCCCACUGUAAGCAGGGUCAACAGGACGCCACCAAGAAGAUCACUCUAUGGACUGUGCCCGACGUGCUGGUACUGCAUCUCAAGAGAUUCAGACAUGUCAGCCACUCGCGGACUAAGCUCAACACUCUUGUCAAGUUCCCAGUGAGAGGGCUGGACAUGACUCCCUUCCUCGCACCUCGUUCUCCCACUAGGCCCGGCUCUGCUACCCUGGAGAGACGACACAAGAUCGGACACGUCCCACGGGUCCCUAAAGCUUUACCCACCAAAUCUGUCACCUUCCAAGAGCCUUCGAGUAAAGGAGACAAAAAACAAGCAAAGAACUCCUCCAGCAAAUGGUGGAAGAAAACAAAGAAAGACGGCAAGUCACCAGACUCCAUGCAAACCCCACCCAUUUGCGACAGUCCAGCAAGUACUCGAAGCGCCCCCUCUCACUCAAUUGCCAAUGGUUACGGCUCCCCUGAGCAUCGUAUAUCAAGCCCCGCCCACUCAUCUGUUAGUCGAUCCUCGUCCCUCGCUGAGAGUGCACUAGAAAAUAUCUACGACUUGUAUGCUGUCUGCAACCACACGGGGAGCAUGAACCGCGGUCACUACAUUGCGUACUGUCGUAAUCCAGCCGACGGACGUUGGUAUGGCUUCGAUGACGUGAGCGUACAGCCGGUAACAGAGGAACAGCUGAUCACACCUGGAGCAUACAUGCUGUUCUAUGUUCGUCAGUCUCUCCUUGUCCAAUCACCUUUGAGCUCUUCCGAGUCGUCAGCUUCGUCGGGGAGCACCUCCCAUUGGACGCAGCACAUCCCUCACUUCAGACUAGACCUCUCUGACACCACCCCUCAACACAGACCCCGGUCUAGACAACGUCUUGGAUCAACCAACUCUGCCAUGUCUGCCCCACCCACUUCUGGAAUUAGGGGAUUUUCCCCUCAAAGCUCCGUUCCCGAUAGCGACGAUGUGUUCCAUCGUCAUGGCAACUCCCCAUCAGCUCACAGCCUCCCCCAGUACCAGCAGGCUGCUCUCUCUCAACCCUCCUAUCCCAGCAGUUCAGGUAGCUAUCAACGUUCACACAGCAAUGGCUACCCUCAGAAGCACUCUUCUGUCAGUAAAGCUCUCUCUUCCCCUGGUCAAGCUAGAGUAGCCGCCAGUGGGCGUCACCCCAGUCUGAGGUUGGGGAAAGUUCCCCGAUAUGUCGAAGACGACCUUUACUUACGAAGAGGAGCCAGUUUCCAUGCCCCGCGUCACCACAGUGUGAAAGAGGCCUCGGAGAUGCCCUCGAACGCACACUUCCCCCAAUCUCGGCCCGUCCUACCCAGUCGAUCGAUCCCCAACAUGAAUACAGACUCUCCUGAGAGCUACCAAUACAGCCAACCCCUCUCACAAGGCGCCAUGGCUCCGUGUCGCUCCAUUCCCAACAUGCCUCAGGAGAUGGGCCCAGUCAAGCGUUACCCACAGAACAAUAUCUACGAUCAUUUCUCUGCACGACCACAGGUCGGGGUGCCCUAUGAUGGUGGGAGGGGCCAUGAGUCGUGUGUAUAAACUAUCUCAUUGUGUCUUCGUG